AUGUCUCUCAUUCCCCAUGCCUUUAAUGCAGUCAUAGGUAUGAAUAUGGAUGCGCUGGAGAUUCAUAUAGACAGACAGGAGACAUGUCAGCGGACAGGUGGCUCGCCGUCCGGAAUCUGCGUCAGCGGACGGCUCGCGGGUCAGCGGAAACAGCGGACAGGUGGCUCGCGGGGUCAGCCUCGCGGCGGUCAGCGGCCAGGUGGCUUCGCGCUGGCUAGCGGUCACAGGUGGCUUCGCGGGGUCGGUCAGCGGACAGGUGGCUCGCGGGGUCAGCGGACAGGUGGGCUCGCCGGGGUCAGCGGACAGGUGGGCUCGCGUCAGCGGACAGGUGGCUCGCCUCCGGUCAGCGGAGCAGGUGGCUCGCGGGGUCAGCGGACAGGUGGCUCGCCGGGAGAGGUCAGGGUAGCAUUGUCAGGUGGCUCGUCGGGGUCAGCGGACAGGUGGCUCGCAUGGCGGAGGGGGGACGCGGGGUCAGCGGACAGGUGGCUCGCGGGGUCAGCGGACAGGUGGCUCGCUGCGGGUGUCAGCGGACAGGUGGCUCGCGGGUCGGACAGGUGGCUCGCGGGUCAGCGGAACAGGUGGCUCGCGGGGUCAGCGGACAGGUGGCUCGGUGGCUCGCGGCAGUCAGCGGACACAGGUGGUUCUCGAGGGGGUCAACGGACGAAGGUGGCUCGCGCGGGACAGACACAGGGGCUCUCGCGGGGUCAGCGGACAGGUGGCUCGCGGGGUCAGCGGACAGGUGGCUCGCGGGGUCAGCGGACAGGGGCCGCGGGGUCAGCGGACAGUGUGGCUCGCCGCCGGGUUCAGCGGACAGGUGGCUCGCCGGUAGCUGGUCAGCGGACAGGUGGCUCGCGGGGUCAGCGGACAGGUGGCUCCGCGGGUCAGCGGGAAGGUGGCUCGCGGAUCAGCGGGACAGAGUGCUCCGGGCGUCAGCGGACAGGUGGCUUGCGGUCAAGCGGACAGGUUGGCUCGCCGGGGUCAGCCGACAGGCUUGGGCUCGGACGCUCGCGGACAGGUGGCUCGCAGGGCUUCAGUCAGCGGACACCAGGUUGGCGCGUGAGCGACAGGUGCUCGCGGGAGUCAGCGGAAGCGGCUUCCGCGAGUGUGCGGACAGGUGGCUCGCGGGCUGUCAUCCGGACCAGGUGGCUAUCCCGCCGUUUGUGUGAAGUGGGCAUUGGGUGUGAAUUGCAUUCUUGUGUGUCGAGAUUCAUCACACAGGUUAAUUACAAAUUGAUUGUUACGCGGGCAAAUUCACACCUCACCCGCUGCGGCAUGUCUGUGUGGUGCACUUUGGCUAAUAACACGGGGGCGGGCGCUGUCACUGUGGAUUCUAUGGAUCGUUGUAUUGUGGGCGAGAAAGGUGAUGUCUUUUGCCAUGAGAAUCCCCCGCGGCAGUUCUUGUGA